UGUGUGUAUCUUGUAUCCUGUGUAUAUUGUGUAUUUGUAUGUGCUUUGGCAGCAUUUAAAGGAGCCCUUCCAUGCCUACUCCUCCUCCUCCUGCUGCUCCUCGUUCUCAUCGCCGCCUCGCUGUGUGUGAAUGAGUAACGGAAUUGGGGGCAGCAGUAACCGAACGGAAUGGAUGCACGCCGGCAGAAGCGACUUGGCCCAGCGCCAAUUGCAUCGUUCGAGAAGUCAUUUGAGGACAAUGCCACGACAAAUGUACAGCAACAGCAACAGCCACACCAGCAGCAUCACCAGCAGCAGCAGCAGCCGGCCGUCCAGGCAGCGAUGAUGGAGCAAGGUGCACGGAAACAGACAGCGACAACCGCAACGACGAGGAAUAGAAGCAGCGCCAGCGAAGCAGCCGGCACCAUUGUGGCACCAGUCACCAGCAGCAGCACCAGCACCAGCACCGCCACCACCACAUCCUCCUCCCCAUCGUCGUCAUCGUCGGCCACCUGCUCGGCGACGAUUGUGGUCAAACAGCGGCCGCCACCGCUGAAGACGGCCACGACAACGGUGACCACCACAUUGGUCAGCAGCAAUGAGGGUGGCCAGCCGCUGCCACCCAUUGCCCAGGCCAGCUAUCGGGGGGGCGUGGGCACAGGGGGGGCCACCCUGACCACACCCUCAACGCCUCGGAUCGAGCUGAGCCGCGCCUCCAGCUCGUCCCAUCACGAGGAGGAUAGCCGUGAGAGCAGUCCCGAGAAUGUCUUCGAGCAGGAAACGAUUGGCCUUGGCUUUCGGGAGGAGGGCGCCUUGGAGUUACGCAGCUCCACCGAGGAACUGUACUUCAUGGAUCCCGAGCAGAAGAAGGAGGAGCAGGAGCGCAUCCAGCAGCAGCAGCAGCAAACGAAGCGCUCCUCGCCGCACAUGUUCAAGUUUGACGACCACCAGAGCUACCUGCAGCAGCACCAGCGCAAGGACUCGGCCAGCUCGGAGGUGGCAGCUCUGCUCUGCAUCUCGGGCCGCACGAGCCGCAUCUCGAGCGUCGGAAGCCAGGGCUCGGCCGUGAGUCGCCUCUCCGCUGUGUCCGGCGUCUCGCGCUCUCCUUCGCCCCAUCGCAUGCUGCUGGAGACCUCCUUCUGCGGUCCCAAGCCACUGGAGCAGGGUGCCACCAGUGCCGCCGCAAGCACUGCCUCCACGGCGGCCAGUUCGUCGCACAGUCACGCCGAGACCUCGGCAGGUGGAGGCGUAGUGACAGGAGCAAUGCCAGGAGGCGUGGCAGCCAAUACAGCGCUGCUAGAGCAGCUGUUGCUAGCCCGCAAACACGAUCCCACCCAGGCGGUGCUGGCCGAAGGCAUCAAGGUGCUGCCCCCUGCCCCGGCCACGGCCACAGGUACCAGCAGCCGCCGGAGCAAGCUGGCCAACGGCGAAUCAAAGGCCAAGACGGCCGGCAACGCCCCGGCUAUGGGCGCCCAGCGACGGAGCACCAAGAGUCCGGGCCAAAUGGUAAUCGGCAAGACCCCCAGCGGCACCGAGUACAUUCGCAUCAAUCUGCGGCCGGACCACAUGUACAGCGACAAAGGCAUUGCGGCCAAUGAGCGUGUGGUGGAAGCGCCCAACCAGCUGACGCCCGUCUACUCCGCCUCCGCAGGACAGCCCAAGCCACCCGCCUCGCUGAGCCUGCAGGGUGGCGCCGGUGGCCCCAUCGACGAGAACCGCCUGACGCCGACGGCGAGUCCUAAACCGGGGAGGCAUGCCCUGCGCUUGGGCAGUCGCUCGCCCUCACCCUCGCCGGCGGCUACCUCUGUGUCCCGCAAGAGUUCCUUCAGCUCCCUCUUCCGGCUGGGCAAGGACUCUCCGGACUCGCCGCGGGAGUCUGCCCGCUCCCGCAGCAAGAGCAAGGAUCGCACAGCGGCUGCGGCGGCGACAACGACAACAGGCUCCUCCCAGAAUGUGACGCCCAGCAAGCAAAAGUCCGUGCUGGCCAUCUUUAAGUCAGGCAAGCGGGGCAGCAGUGCCGGCACCGAUGGCACCAAGAGCUCCAAGAGCUCCUCGCCCAUCGAUCCGAGCUGCGAGCCGCCGCCGCCGCCACCACCGGCCCCCGGAUCGGGUGGAUUACCCGGUGGACGCAGCCGGACACCAGCCGGUUCCAGGCCGGGCAGCCGGCUGCGGUACUACGAUGAGCCGGUGGAGGGCGUCAUUCACAUACCGCUGCACACGCCGCCAGAGGAGCGCGAGGCCCGCACCCUGCUCCAAGGCAUCCAGAACCUGAUUGCAGCCCCCUCUCCGCCCCCCAUCCAGGCCAGGACACCGCCACAGCCACAGUCACAGUCGCAGCAGCAGCAGCCGCCGGCCGCCUCCUGUGGAGCCGUGUCAGUAACCGGAAACGGAUCCGGAGCCACCAUCACGGCCAGCCAGUUGGCGGCGGCCGCCGCUGCCCUGCGACCUGUGGGCCAGCGGAAGGCGGUGGCCCAGCGUCCAGACCUGGAUGCCAUCCAGUCGCUGCCCUCCCAGGAGGAGGUCGAGAAGGAGAAGGGCUGGAGCCUGGAGGUGCAGCGGCACAGCUCGCAGGACUCGCAGGAAACACUGCAAUCGGUUAGCUCUGUGGUGAGUGCCCGAGCCUCGAACCUUGCCCAGAUCCACCAAGAGCAGGAGCCCCCGUCGGUGCGUGAGAACGGGCUGGGGGAGAUGCAGCGCCUGCCCUCGGUGGACAGCACGCAGAGUGCCUGCGAGCCGCCGCGCCUUGUCCACACGGUGGCCACCGUCAGUGCGCCCCAAUCAGAGGAUGCGGCUGCCAAGGAGCGCCGUCGGCUGCUGUUCGCCACGCGGCUGGGUUCCGGCAGCCAGGAGCAGAUAUUCUCCACGCAGUUCAGCAUCUCGAAGACGGAGAGCCAGUCCAGCCAGCUGUCCGAGCAGGUGCUCGAGUCCACCAACAACUCGACCGCCUCCGACGGACCGUGCACCGCCGACGGACUGCAGCGCCAGGGCACUGUCAUCCGGCGCACAGAGCCACCACCGCCGCCACCACGUGGAGUCUCCAGCUCCGAGGAGGAGCAGCCGGCCAGCAGCAGCAGCAGCACUCUUCCCCCAGUCGUGAUGCGAUCCAAGCACCGGUCGCGUCCCACAUCCGAGGAUGAGGGUCCGGCCCAGGCUCCGGCGGCGGAUCUUCGCCACUCACGCUAUCUGGAGAACUUCGAUGUGCGCCGGAAACUGCAUGAGAAUAUGCCCCUAGAGGGGAAGGAGGUGCGUCGACGGCAGCAGCAGCAGGAAAGUGUAAAUGUAACUCCGGUGCCACGGAAACCCAAGCGACAGAGUGUCCCGGAACCAAAACGUGAAACUUCGCAGAGCUCUGGCGGUGCCACUCCCACCACUCCAACCCCCACACCCACACCCACACCCGCAACAGCCAUCGCACCACCAACCGCCGGCAAGCCACCGACUCCAACAGACAGACCCACGCCCACUGGAGUUCCAAUUGCCACGGAAACUAAAACAGGGACAGGAACGGGAGCGGAAACUCCAACGCCAACGGCCAGCCCGGAACCGAUGUUCACCUCGCCCCUGGCGGAGCGGCGUCUCUCGCAGUCGACGGACGAUCACGAGCCCGUGGAGUCGUCGGAGAGUGAACGCGAUUCCGAUAUGGCCGGCAGUUCGUCGGUGACGACAGCGGUGGCCGUAGGCGGGGAGGGCCAGGGUCAGGGCAAGCGGCACCACUUUCCGCGCAACGUUUGCGUAAUUGAGGAGCACGAGAGCACCGGCCUGGUAUCGCAGGAGUCCUUCGACGACGAGCUGCCGUAUAUACCGACGACCCUGCCGGAGGAGCGGGCGCAGGGCGUUCCGCUGAUACCGAUGAAGGAGAGGGCCAACAUGGAGCUGAAGACUUGUCCCGUGGACAGACCGCGCUCUACAACGCCCCUGAAUCCCUCGCACCUGGAGGAGUACUGCACGGGCAUCAUAACGCCGCAGGAUGCAAUCCAUGCGGGUGUCCACGAGCUGGACAACGGAGGGUCGGCAGCAGGAGGCGCAGGAGUGAUGGGUGGCGGUGGUCCUGUGAGGGGAGAAAAGCUCCGAAUCAGUCUGCCCCGCAAGGAGUCGAUGGGUAAGGAGAGCCGCGCCCCGGGCCAGAGCGCCAAGUCGCCGCGACGCAUCUCCAAUGCCAGCGGAAAGUCGUGGUUCGAGUUCGCGGAGGAGGGCCUGCGCGCCAACAAUCUGGAGCGCAAGGACUCCAGCAAACAGUUGCUGCCAGCUUCAGCUCCAGGUUCAGGGGCAGUUCCAAUUCCAGUGCCAGUUACCGUCCCCAAUCCGGCCCCAACUCCAGCCUCGGCUCCGGCUGCCGUCGGCCUGGAGGAACCCAAGCCGAGGGCAUCCACACAGCGAAAGCUGUCUGGCCACUGGAUCGACUUUGAGAACAUUCCGGAGAAGCGCAAGCCGGCCAAGCGGAUCACCACGCUGCCCAAGGAGACAAUAGCCGCGAGCGCCACGGCCACCACCAGCUCCUCCUCGGCAUGCGGCAGCAGCCACCGAUCCGGUGGCACUGGAUCCGGCUCGGGGCAUCAUCAUCAUCACCACCACCAGACGCGGCCAGGCUCGCAGGAUAUGACCACUGGAGCCAGCGAUAAGCUACACUACAACUAUGUGAAGCCGGAGGACUGCCAGUGCGAGUGCCACGAGGCAGAGCGCGGAGAAUCCUCCACGGCCACAGCGGGCGCCGGGGACAGUAGCACGGGUACGGGAACGGGCACCGGAACGAACAGCGAUUCUCUGGCCUCUGUCGAACUACUGCAGCAGGGUGAGGACAUGCUGCCGCUGCUCGAUCCCGAGCCACAGCCGGAGACCAGAGUCUACACGGACGAAGAGAUGCCUACGCUAGCGCGACAUGGCAGCAAAAGCAGCGGUCUAGCCCGGACACAAAUGGAGGAGUUUCCCCGACGCGACGCCGGAUCGAGCUCACGGAAUCGAAAAUUUCCCGAUAGAAAGUAAGAAGAAAGCAAUUAGCUCGAGCAUUGGAUUCAGUUUCGAAUCGUGGUUCAUGGUAGAUCUUCAGGGUAGCUACACCAGUAAUCUUUCUAUAUGUAAGUCGACUCACUAAACUAAGGGCCAGCAGUGUGUGUCCUCUUGGCCUAUAUCCUCAAUGUACCUCAAGCAGUGUGGUUGUUAUAAGCAGAGACGAACGACGCGACGAUCGAUCGAUCGAUCAGAGUACGAGUACACGAGUGUUUCCUUUCGAUUCGAUUAGCUAAAAUCUAUAUGAAUACCUACAUAUACAUAUGUAUUACUCGGUACUACGAUAUAUAACACCAUAUAUGCAUACACAUAUUGUAUUGUA